AUGGUGGUUAUCUGUCUCGGUCCGUGCUGCAUCCCGCUUCACGCGCUCCUGCCGUUCCUCGUGGGCAUGGCGCACCAGCGCGGAUACCUGAAGUGGGUGCGCAAGGAGUGGUUCACCUGGCGAUGGCUCGGACCGAGGGUGAGACGGGCGCUGUGGAUGAAGGUAUCGGACGAGGAACUGGCGCGCACGGCGAUAAAGACUGUCGAGCCGGCGAAGAAGGCGGCGUGA